AUAAUAAUAAUAAAUCAAAUAAUUUAUCUGUCGUCUUCAAUGGAGAGAGUGAGAAGCGCAGUGAAGCAAAUAGCCUACACCCAACGCUCUCAAUGGCUCUCCACUCUCUCUCCUCUGCAUCUCUCUCUAAUCCCAGUCCUUUCUCUCUCUUCCUCUCUCUACGCCUUCUCUCUCCUCUGCCGCCACCUGCUCUACCGAUUCAACAUCCUCCAUAAACACCGGUUGCCGGUGCCGGUGAUUAGUGUCGGGAAUUUGACGUGGGGAGGCAAUGGGAAAACUCCGAUGGUGGAAUUUCUGGCGCGCUCGUUCGCCGACGAUGGAAUUUCGCCGCUCAUUCUUACUAGGGGUUAUGGCGGUGCAGAUGAAGCUAAAAUGCUUCAGAGACAACUUCAAUGUACAUCUGCAAAAAUCGGUGUAGGUGCAAAUCGAGUAGCUACUGCCGCUAAAUUCCUAAAACAGUAUGGUUACGUAAAUUUUGAUGCUACUUCUGAGAAACCCCCUUUUCUGAAGGGAACCCGAAAAUUCCACCCAAAUUCCGGUCAAAUUGGGGCUGCUAUACUCGACGAUGGUAUGCAGCAUUUACGUAUAUUGCGUGAUCUCGAGAUUGUGAUGGUGAAUGCACUGAUGCCGUGGGGAAACCGUCACUUACUUCCACUUGGACCGCUGAGGGAGCCUUUUACUGCACUCAAUCGAGCUGAUAUUAUAGUCAUCCAUCACGCAGACUUGGUACAGGAAAAGGAUAUCGAAGCCUUAGAAUCAACAAUUCGAAAAGCCGAAAGAAAUCUUCCUAUUUUCUUGACUAAAAUGGCUCCGAUUCACUUCUUUCCAUGUCGAGAUAUUUCGUGUAAAAUGUCGCUGAGAGCUGUAGAUAAUAUGACUGUGUUAUGCCUUUCGGGCAUCGGUUUUGCUGAUUCCUUCAUUCAAACAAUCGAAAGGAUGGGAGCAGCAUAUGUGGAUCACAUAGACUUCAGUGACCACCAUUUGUUUCAAUUUAAGGAAAUUGAAAUGGUUCGAGCAAGACUUCAAGCGCUCGAAUCCGAGUUUGGCACCAAGCCAAUCGUUGUAAUAACUGAAAAGGAUUACGACAGAUCUCCGGAGACACUCAAACAUUUGAAUCAUUACGAAGUUUUGGUGCUUUGCUCUCGUUUGCAAUUCUUGGUGUAUAAGGGAAGAACCGAAGAAAGAUUCAAGAAGAUUGUGAGGGAGCGUUUGAGCAUAUUAGUCUGAUAAGAUUUUUGAUGUUGUGCGUGCGCUAUCGGACAAUCGGACUAUUGAAGCUAUUGGACUAUUAUUUGUUUUCCAGGACAAACACUUGUUAUAUCUAACAAUGAAGUUGUUAUAAUAUUACAAAUUUUACACACGCGA